UUCUAAUUCAACCAUAGACGGCUGGAUAUUUUGAUUAACCUAUUAAUUCAUUCUUGAAAUUUGGUCUUUUAUUACAGAGAGAAAUAUUAAUUAGAAUAUCAGAGGCAUAUGUGAAUUUCUAGAAAUGUAUAAAGAAAAUAUUAAUGUGAUGGAUUUGUUUAAUGAAGGUGAACUGGUUAAAAUUUGUGCUCCAAUGGUCAGAUAUAGCAAGUUGCAAUUCAGAAGUUUAGUGAGAGCCUACGAAUGUGAUCUUUGUUUUUCUUCAAUGAUUUUAGCUGAUUCUUUCCAUAAAAGUGAAAAGGCAAGAAGGCACGAAUUCAAAACUAGUUUGGAUGAUACACCUGUAAUAAUACAGUUUGCAGCUAAUAAUAUUGAUGAUUUUGUAACAGCUGCAUGUUUAGCUUCUCCUUAUGUAAGUGGAGCAGAUUUAAACUGUGGUUGUCCACAGAGAUGGGCAAGUGAUCAAGGUGUUGGUUGUAUUAUGUUAGAAACUCCACAGAAAAUUUUUGAAAUAACACGAAGUUGUAGAAACAAAAUAUGUAAACCAUUCACAGUGAGUGUGAAGACAAGAAUAUUACAUGAUUUGAAGAAGUCUGUAGAAAUAUGCAGACAAAUAGAAAAAGCUGGUGCUAGCUUUUUGACAAUUCAUUCCAGAUACUCUGAACAAUCUGGAGGAGUCAUAAAUGAAGAAGCAUUAAAAAUAAUCAAAGAAAAUCUUACAAUACCCCUGGUGGCAAAUGGUGGUGUUAAGACUCUAAAGGACUGCUAUGAUCUGAGGGAAAAGGUCAACUGUGAUGGUGUAAUGAUAGCAAAUGGAAUUCUUGAAAAUCCAGCUGUAUUUUCGGGAGUCAUUCAAACCCCUAUUGAAUGUGUUCAAAAAUGGGUGGACAUUUGUUACAAUUCAACAUUAACAGAUGAAGCUCAUGCUCUUUUAUCAAAAAUAAAUACACCCCAUGUGAUACAAGAAAGACCACUAUUUCUCACAUUUCAAUGUUUUCACCAUCAUCUUGUUUUUAUGUUGGAAAAACUUCUUCCGAAAAGUAAAAGAAGAUUAUUCAACAGUAUGAAGAAAUUCAAUGAAGUUCUAAAAUUCUUGGAAGAGGAGUUAAAUAUUGUACCACAAUUAUUUAGCCUGCAAGAAUUCAGGAAAUAUAAGCCGUUGCAUUUAGAUUAUACUGAUGCUAAUAAUCUUCAUUUAUCAGAUGAAGAAACAUUAGACGAAGAUUUAGGUGGAAGCAUUGAUAACAAAGAUAGUGGAAAGUAUUUUAAAACUAAAGUUGAAGCAACCAGUGAUAGUGACUGGACGAAAAUAUUUGAAGAAAAUUGGUGAUAGUUAAUACUUAUAACUACCUGGAAAAGCAAGUUGUGAUAUGAUUUUAUAUAUUUCAAUGUGAUGAUUAUAUUUUAUUCUAUUUAAAGUGUUAGGUAUAUUGUAAAACAAUAAACAUCUUUAAAUAG